AGCUGGUUGCAUAUAGUCUUUAGUCAGCCUCUGGUUUCUGCUUAAUCUCGAUCUGUCCGAACAUUCAUUUGAUCACUUGUUGCUAUUGUACUACUAAAUAUGGUCAAGAAUGCUGUAGCGUUGGUAACUGGAGGAGCGUCUGGGCUUGGCAAAGGAGCCGUUUUGCGAUUCGUCAAACAUGGUGCAAAGGUCAUUAUUGCAGACCUUCCGACAUCUAAAGGAGCAGAUGUUGCCAAAGAGCUUGGUGAUAAUGUUGUUUUUGCACCCUCAGACGUCACCUCGGAAAAAGAUAUACAAGAAGCUCUUAAACUUACCAAACAGCAAUUUGGUCGCCUGGACGUCCUUGUUAACGCUGCAGGCGUGGCAGCGAUCGGCAGAAGUUACAACUCGUUGAAAAAAAUUGUUUUUCCGCUGGAGGAUUUUGAGAGGACCCUCAAAAUAAACACCAUCGGCACUUUCAACGCAAUCAGAUUGUCAGCCGCUCUAAUGUGUGAAAAUCAACCAAACAAGGAUGGACAACGUGGUGUCAUCAUUAAUACUGCUAGUAUUGCAGCUUUCGACGGUCAAAUCGGACAAGCUGCUUACUCUGCAAGUAAAGGCGCCGUUGUAGGAAUGACACUUCCCAUCGCUCGUGAUUUGUGCAGAGAUGGUAUCCGGGUGGUUACGAUCGCUCCCGGAAUCUUCAAUACUCCCAUGGUAGCGCAACUUCCUGAAAAAGCUCGCAUUUCUCUGGGUAAGAGCGUGCCCUUCCCACCGCGUUUUGGUGAACCCGAUGAAUAUGCUGCUCUCGUGCAACACAUAGUUGAGAAUACUAUGCUUAACGGCGAAACUAUUCGUCUUGAUGGUGCUAUUCGAAUGCAACCUUAAAUUGCUACAUGUUAUUACAAAGGAUGUUUUAUUUUUAUACUGUUUGAAUAUAUGCUGAUGAUGCUUUGUUAAUUUUCAUAGUGGUUAUCUUCCAUUUUGGUAAAUUUCUUUUCGAUACUCCGUGCGCAAAGUGCAUCUUUCCCGCACACUCGGCAGAAAACGUGCGUUGAAAAUCGCACUUUCCACACGUCAUUAUAUAAAAAAAUACGGCACAGCACAUGUUCGGGACUUGUAUCGUAAUGUACUAUUUGGUAUAAUGUAAUAAAC